UGCUGCUGUCGCCGCCGCUCGUUGGAGUCGCAGGUAACUGGCCCGGGGCCCAUGGGCAGACAGAGCCUGGGCGAGAGCCACCUGAUACCUCCUGCACCGUCCCUGUGGCACUGGAGGUCCAGUAGGCCUGGCCGAGGGUCCUGAGGGGCGAGGGUGCCCCGGCUCCCCGCACCUUCCGCGGCGACUGGAGGGAGCCGGGCCGAGGAAGCGACCGCGGAUCCUUGCCAGCACAUUACAGAAUAUUUUUGUUGAACCUUCUUGAGAGUUCAGAGAAACUGCUGAGUGACCACUGAACGAAAGAUCUAAUCUUUAGACUUACGAGUGUUCCAUCCACCAUGUCGUAUGUUUUUGUAAAUGAUUCUUCUCAGACUAAUGUGCCCUUGCUACAAGCCUGUAUUGAUGGGGACUUUAAUUAUUCCAAGCGGCUUUUGGAAAGUGGCUUUGACCCAAAUAUUCGUGACAGCAGGGGCAGAACAGGCCUUCACCUUGCAGCAGCUCGAGGGAAUGUAGACAUCUGCCAGUUACUGCAUAAAUUCGGUGCUGAUCUUCUGGCCACAGAUUAUCAAGGAAACACGGCUCUUCACCUCUGUGGCCAUGUGGAUACUAUCCAGUUUUUGGUUUCCAAUGGACUCAAAAUUGAUAUUUGCAAUCAUCAAGGUGCUACCCCUUUAGUUCUGGCAAAGCGCAGAGGAGUAAAUAAAGAUGUCAUCCGAUUGCUGGAAUCUUUGGAAGAACAGGAGGUAAAAGGAUUUAACAGAGGAACCCACUCGAAACUGGAGACCAUGCAGACAGCUGAGAGUGAAAGUGCUAUGGAAAGCCAUUCACUCCUCAAUCCCAACCUGCAGCAAGGUGAAGGGGUCCUUUCCAGCUUCCGAACCACGUGGCAGGAGUUUGUGGAGGAUCUGGGCUUCUGGAGAGUGUUGCUUUUGAUCUUCGUCAUUGCUUUGCUGUCUCUUGGCAUUGCCUAUUAUGUGAGCGGGGUGCUGCCCUUUGUGGAAAACCAGCCUGAACUGGUGCAUUAAAGGAGCUCAUGGAAGAUGAGGCAAUGAAUUGCCUAUUUCCUGGCUUCCAAUGUUUGUUCUCAGUUUCUCAGAAUUUUUCUUAGUGCAAAGCAGUGAGGGCGGUACAUGUUUCUUUUUGCAUUUUUAAUUAUUGUAAUCCUCUUAGAUAACGAUGUGUUCAUUUGAACUAACUACAUAUUAUGAUCAAGUAUAUUGCAUCCUAACGCUACCUCUGACUCAACCUGACUUUGUAGGAAAACCUACACAUAGCCUUGUUUGGUAAAAACACAGAAAUGACUAGAGAAUGGAAGAUAAAGGAAGAGGCUAGGAAGUCCUUGCUAUCAAAACCUUAUCCUAAUAUAGGACCAAUUGAAGUAUUCAAAAAGAAAAACAAUGUCUUAUAUGAUUAGUUUUUGUUGGUGGUUUUGUUUUCAUUUAUUUUUGCAAGAGCCACUUUUUAUUUACUGUCUCUAGGGACAAGAGAUAAUUUAAAACUUGAAGUACUUUUUUCAAAUCUUGUGUAGCAAAUUAGUAUUGUUAGAAUCUAUUCGGCUUAUUUUAGUAUUUUUAAGUCUAGUCACAAACCAAACAAAACUUUUGAAAAUGAGCUAUAUUUUGUUCAAAGGUGAUUGAUUUGAUCUUAUAUUUAUUUGUUUUUAGGUUAAUUUUUUAUUUUUUUGUAAACUGCUUUGCUCGUUAAUAUCUGUGAAAAAUAAACGAGUUCAUUUUGUUCACUUUCCGAUUUUCCCUAGUACCCUAUUCAUCAGAGAUAACCGUUCAUCAGAAUUAGUCAGAAAAUCCUUUUUCUAUUGAAGAGUUAGCAGGGAAAAAUAAUUCUGAUAUUUAACUGUCAUAAAUCUGUAGUGCUAUUAUAGUGAAAAACUCAGUUCUAUAAGCUAGCUGUGUUGUCACAGUUUUAUCAUAGUUCAUAAUUAUUUCAUGUGCAGUUCUAUUUAGAGGCCCUGUUAGACUUUUAACAAUCCCAUCCAUAUCUGUAAUUCUCUGAUGGCAAGAAUGGAUGGAGCAUUUCUGAGUUAACAGUGCUGAACAGUAUUGUACUGGGUGUCAUAAACUCUUUAUGAAUGGUAAUAUUAUGUAAAUUGAAAUCUGGCCCUCAAACUAUAUUGCAGCUUUCAGCAGUAUGUUUGAAGGCCUCUUUUGUUAAUGAUCCUGUAAUGUAUGAAUUAUGUUCUUGAGUUAUUAAAAAAGAAUAUGAAGGCUUGAUAAUUAUUCAUUGGGUAAAGUCAGGAAAUUGUAGUGAAAGAACUAAUGGUUUUGUUUUUUGGAAUACAGGCACCUAAGCUAUUGCUAAUUGAAUUGCUGCUAGAAUUAGAAAUUAUGCUUUAGAAUAGAAUUGGUAUUUCUGUGAUUCUUUUUGCUUCUUGGUGUUUUCUCUUGUAUCUGUAUAUCUAGUAUUGAGGCUCGCUCUUUCAUGUGGCUUUAUCCUCUCUCUAAUAGCUGUUGUAAAAUUCCUGAGUAACUGGCUGCUUCAGGAUCAGCUUGCAGAGUCUUGCUUUUAGGUUAGAUACAAACAAAGUAAAUCAUAGUUGGUGUAAAUACAGCAAAAAACAGCUGGCUUUAGAAUGGAGAACACUACAAUUCAAAUUUGAAGUAUAUUCAGAAGAAAACUUUGCUUUACAUUUGUUUGUAAAUCUAAACAAAUAUGCAAAAUUGGUCAAAAUGUAAGUAUAUAGCAUUUUUAAAGAUUAAUGGUUCCUUGUAUGUGCUGAUUUCUUUGUAUUCUGUUCUCUGCAUUCAUCAUUCAGGAAUACUACCAAUAAAUGUAUUUAUAUAUCCCUUAA